AUGUUUGCUGCAGCCACAAAGAACUUUGUGAAACAGGUUGGAGAUACAGGCAGACUGAAACCCGUUCCCGAUCUGAGCGAGGCUGACCGAUAUCAGCCCCUCAGUCUAGUAACAAAACGGACAAAAUCCUUUUUCUGGAAAAAGAAGAAAUACAGUUCUACACCAUUCACUCUGAAAGACAUUCUUGUCGGAGAAAAAGAGGUUUCUGCUGGUGUCUCUUCAUAUCAGCUCCUCAAUUAUGAAGAUAAAUCGGAUGUUUCUCUCAGAGGGAAACUGGGAGAUCAUGUUAUUCAUGAUGUUGGAUUUAACACUGAUGGAUUGUAUUCAGUGGCUGUGAAAGCUUCAUUUGGAAUAGUAACAAAACAUGAGGUUGAGGUUCCAAUACUGCUCAGGGAGAUCAUCAACAGAAAAAUUGACAUGGAACAUUGCCUUGUUCGUCAGCUGAAAGAAAGGCAACGCGCUGUGCUGUGUGUUGUCAUGGAGAGCAUCCGCACCACUCGACAAUGCUCACUCACUGUGCAUGCAGGCAUGAGAAGAAAAACAAUGAGGUUUCAGAUCGAUAAUGGACAAAAUCAUAAGGGUUGGGACAAAGCGCUUGUCAUUCCAGCUCAUACAACAAUUGCAUUUAGUAUAUUUGAGCUCUAUAUCCAUUUGGAUGGCCAUUUUGAAUUGUGCGUAACCUCUGAAUCAAAAGGCGGGUUUGAGAAGGAACAACUAACUGAGCAAUUGGGUGGUUUAAUGAACCGAUUUUCAGUGUGGAAACUGCGGCGGUGCCUGUCUGACUUCUUUUACAGUAGCCCGUUCAGAUCAGAUGAAAAAGGGUUGGAUGGUAUCAGAAAUUCAGAUCUUUAUUUGGAGGAUUUGGUCGCUGACUAUUAUGAAAAGGCGACCAGUAUGACAGACAUUUCUACUAACUACCUUCAAGAUAAUACACACACGCGAGUUAACCUUCUCAACAAUAACAUUCCCAAAGGACCCUGCGUUCUUUGUGGCAUGGGAAGUUCCCGAAGAGAGACAGUGUAUGGGUGCCUCGAGUGCUCCUUCAAUGGACAGAAAUAUGUGAGACUGCAUGUGGUGCCGUGCUUUGAUCUGUGGCACAGAAGAGUGAGAUAA